CUCAAAACUGCACCAUGCGCCUCCACUGAGUGGGUUUGGAUUAAUCACCGGGAAGUCGUUUGUAGUCAAACGGUAUUGAAUUAUGACAACGCCUGCCCACACUGGAGCUCACACGCUAUGUUUUUACUUUGCCUAGACACUUUUACGGACGAGCACCGCCGCCGUUGUUCGCCUCUAACGACGCUUCCCAACUACACAGAUGGAAAUCCAGCACGAAUGGAGGUGUAAAUCUGAGUGGAGCUUAUUUUCUUGCGCCCUGCUGGAGAUACCUUUUCGAUGUGGGAGUUAACAGAAGACAGGAUUUUAAGUAAAGUUAAAUGAUGGCGGCGUCACGUUGGGUUCCCUCAUGUGAAGAUGAUGACAGACAACGAGCAAGAUCUUCUUUCUGUGAGAGCGAUUCUCAAGAGUGGAGGAACUUGGCCGAUUCUCCUGCAGCGCAAUACCCGACAGAGGAUGAGGUGUUUUCGUGGCCAAGGCCUAAAACUGUGCGUUUAUGUCGCACGUCGCAAGGGUUCGGCUUCACUCUCCGGCACUUCAUCGUGUACCCACCGGAGUCAACACUACACUGCUUCCUGGAGGAAGAUCAUGGCCGCAGAGGGAGACAGCGGAAUAGGCUUGAACAGAUGGACACUAUUUUCGUGAAGCAAGUCAAAGAAGGCGGGCCUGCUCAUGGAGCGGGGCUUUGCACAGGUGAUCGCAUAGUGAAGGUGAAUGGAGCAAGCAUCAUUGGGAAAGCCUAUUGUGAGGUUAUAUCCUUGAUCCAAGACAGUGGGGACUUUCUCGAACUUUGUGUAAUGCCAAAAGACGAGGAUAUACUGCAACUGGCCUACUCCCAGGAUGCCUACCUCCGUGGCCACAGUACCUACAGUGGAAACGCCUGUCACAUUCCUGAUCCACCCCCAGUAUGCUACCCCAGAGUAGACUGUAAGCCUACGGGCAUGGCCCAGGCGACAGACUCAGCGGGGCAGGUCUGCCGAGGGCCAGCAGCACCUCCUGACCAUGGGUACCGCAAGGAGAUCCCCGUGCCCCCAUCUCCUCCUCCUCCUCAGUCAUAUCCCAAAAGCCAGACGGCGGUGUGCAUGCGCAACGACAGUGUGAGGACUGUGGUGGUUCCUCCUAAUACGACCCAUAUGGGGCGCAUGGGUCCAGCACACAGGAUAGACUUCAUGGACCCUGUGUUUGCUAGGGGGAGGCCUGGGUCACUGGCCCAGUAUCCUCACCCUCGAAAGGCUGAUGUCUAUCCAGGUGGUCCAGGAAUGGUUGGAUACGGAGGUCAGGCACCUCACUUCCCCGGAAACCAUCAAAACAUUGAUUGGCGCACCUACCAAACAUACAGGGAGUACAUUGACAACAAAGGAAUCCAUUCCCAUGGUAGUCGGACUAUCCAGGAGAGGCUGGACAAUUUGCGAUCGACCAGUCACGCCACCUUUGGCGCUUCUCAUCACAUUCCCCGAGGAGACUGGGGCCCUAAGGGGAUACGACGGAGGAGUACCUCCCAUGAACGGUCAUACCAAGGACCUCCACCCCACUUUCAGAUUGCCCCACGCAGUGCCUCGCAGGACCGCAUGAGCAGUGCAGAGAAGAUGAGCCAUGCAAGGAACUGGCCACCUCGAAGUGUGUCCCAGGAUGGCCUAGUUCACAAAGCCCGGGCACGUUCCACAGACUACGUUGACCCUGCAGAGCUGGCUCGGCCCAGUGAGAGGAGAGCAGGGUAUGGAAGGGCAGACCAAGGUACGAGGCCCAGCAGACAGUCUAUCCCCAGACAUGCCAUGCUCUACAGGCCUUCUGUUGGACACAGUGGCAUGAGGGGGCCACCAAACCCUUCUCUUUACUCUAAAGGACCAGAUUCUCUUCAGACCCGCUCCUCGCCCAUGCUGUCCGACAGACCCAGACAUUUUGGAAAGAGCACAAGUGCUGAACAUUCUUUCGCUGACCAAAGACUUUCAGUCAAAGGAAACCAUGCAGCCUACAGCACCCAAGGCCAGAACAGGAUGCGGGCGGAAACCAUGCAGCCUGUCGAGGCAGGCAGAGAUGCAGCAUUGGCGGCACACAGGUCUUCUUCAUGCUCUACUCCGAAAGAAAUGCCUCAGAGGCCUAGCAUCCUCAAGCCACCCCCGCUAGAGUUACAGUGUCAGGUCAAUGGCCGAAGCCCCACGGAGAGCGGCGUGGUUCUUAGGGAGAAGCCUCCCUCUGGUAAGAACCCGAGCCCCCUGCGGCACCCCUCCUACAUCCUGGCUGUAAACGACGACGGCCCCGACUCCACGACAGAUGUGUCGGCGUGCUGGCUGCCCAAUGAUGCACGUCGAGAGAUACAUAUACGUCGCCUUGGAGAACAAUGUCACACCUCCUGCUCCAGCAACCUGGAUGAAUCUCUGGACUCCAUUCCAUUCAUCGAUGAGCCAGUCAGCCCCAGCGUUGACCGGGAGGCCGCUCCUAUUCCACCCUCGGCUGUGAUAUCUGUUGCACCAUCCAUAACUACAGGGCCCUCCAGUCAAGGCUCACCGUGCCCUCCCAUUCGUCGUCAGCUGUCACAUGAUCAAGAAUCCCUGCGAAGCGCUUUGCUGGAUUCAGACUCAGCCAGCAAAACAGAGCGGUCCAAGUCUUACGAUGAAGGUCUGGAUAACUACCAGGAGGAGAGCAGAGGGAGAUCUUCCAGUAAGCACAUGCCAAGUCUCAGAGGCCUGAGAAAGGCUCUGGAUGGACACAAGUCAUCUGGGGAUUCUGGAUCUCGAAGGGACUCCUCUUCAGAUAUCUUUGCCGAUUCUUCCAAAGAAGGGUUACUUAACUUUAGGCAACUUUCAACAGAUAAAAAUAAGCGUGUCGGUGGAGGGAUGAGAUCGUGGAAGCAAAUGUACGCUGUGUUACAAGGUCACACCCUGACUCUUUACAAAGACAGGAAGGAGGCACUGUCCCAUGCUACGACACAAUCUGAUGAGGACCCGCUGCGAAUUAGCAUCAAGGCCUGUCUGAUUGACAUCUCCUAUAGCGAUACGAGACGCAAGAAUGUGCUGCGAUUAACAACCUCGGACUGCGAGUAUUUGUUUCAGGCAGAAGGGAGGGACGACAUGCUGACUUGGAUCAGAGUCAUUCAGGAAAACAGUAACCCGGAUGAAGAGAACGCUACGGUAACAAGCCAGGACUUGAUCAGUCGCAAGAUCAAAGAGUACAACAUGAUGAGUGCGCCCAGCAGCAGGUCUGAACCCUCCCCCAAAACCUCCCGCCAAUCCCUCAGCAUCAAACAAGCCUUCAUGGGAAGCAAAGCGGACGUCAAGAGCCACAGUCCCCAUUCGCCGAGACCAGGAGAGGAGCGCAGGGCACUGAAAGAUGACUCCAGUCCACCGCGGGACAGAGGUGCAUGGAAACUUGGUGGCAUUGCAGGGAUCAUGAAGAAGCCCUUUGAAAAAAAGACUCCAGCUGGCAUCACUUUUGGAGUCCGACUUGAUGAUUGUCCAUCUGCGCAGUGUAACAGGUAUGUUCCUCUCAUCGUGGAGGUGUGCUGUAAGGUUGUGGAGGAGCGAGGUCUGGAGUACACUGGAAUCUACAGGGUCCCCGGGAACAAUGCUGCCAUCUCCAGCAUGCAGGAGGAACUCAACACCAAAGGCAUGACUGACAUCGACAUCCAGGAAGACAAAUGGCGGGACCUGAAUGUCAUCAGUAGUUUAUUAAAGUCCUUUUUCCGAAAACUUCCAGAACCUCUGUUUACUAAUGAAAAGUAUGCUGAUUUCAUUGAAGCCAAUAGAACAGAAGAAUCGGUAGAGAGAUUAAAGGAGCUCAAGAGGCUUAUUUAUGAAUUACCACAUCAUCACUAUGAAACUCUGAAAUUCCUCUGCGCUCACCUCAAGAAGGUUUCUGACAACUGCGAGAAGAACAAGAUGGAGCCUCGUAACUUGGCCAUCGUGUUUGGUCCCACGCUGGUCAGAACCUCUGAGGACAACAUGACCAACAUGGUGAAUCAUAUGCCAGACCAGUGCAAGAUAGUUGAGAACCUGAUCCAGCAAUUCGACUGGUUCUUCACUGAUGACAGUGAUGAGGACCCUGUUACAACGGCAGAGCAGGAAAGCACGGUGCAGUCUCAGCCUGUGCCCAAUAUCGACCACCUGCUCUCCAACAUUGGGCGGACGGCAGCCUCGCCAGGCGAAGUCUCAGACUCAGCAUGUAGUGACUCCUCCAAAUCAAAGGGCUUGUGGGGGUCAGGGAAGGAUCAGUGUAGCAAAGAAAUGCUGCGCUCCUCCUUCUUCGCCAACCGCAAACGCAAGAAGCCCAAGGACAAAGCUCAUCCCAGCAGUUCAGACGACGACCUGGACCAUGUGUUCACCAAGAAGGAGCUGCCAGAGGAGAGCCAGCAGCAGUCUCUGUGGUCCCCAGGCAGUCGGACAGAGGAGGAAGAGCAGACGGAUGAAACCAGUGAGAAGGAGAACCUCAGAACCAGCUCCGAGGAACAGCUGGAUAAAUCCAACAGGAAAGAGUCUCUCUCCAGCAGCCCGAUGUCACAGCCUUCUCCCUCCCUGCCUCCAGAGCACAUCUCCUCCACCCUUCCCACUGGUUCUCCCUAUACCUCGCCUUCCCAUUCCCCAAACCUCAGCUACCGCAUGCCAAUGGCUCACCAGUCCUCGCUGUCGGACCCGCCCUCCAACUACGACGAUACGGUGUCCGACCUCGGUACGAUGAACAGCACCAGCUCUCAGGCCUCAGUGCCCAGAGUGAGGCGCGGCAGGAUGGCAGCUCUCGGUACAGACGCGUGCCCCAGCGGGCUGGGAGCAGAGGUUUGCUCCAUUACCUCGGACUAUUCCACCACAUCCUCCAUGACUUUCCUGACUGGAGCUGAGCUCAGCACCCUGAGUCCUGAAGUGCAGUCUGUGUCUGAGAGCCGAGGUGGAGAAGAUGCAGACGACGAGAGAAGCGAGCUCAUCAGCGAAGGAAGGCCGAUGGAGACGGACAGUGAGAGCGACCUGUCGGUGUUUACUGUCGGGAAAGCCGAUCAGCGGGAACUGCAGGAGGCUCCUCGACCGCUUCCCUCGCACAGACUGAUCGAGUGUGAUACACUCUCCAGAAAGAAAGCUGCCCAACAGAAAACCGACAGCGAGUCUUCACUGGAGGGAGCUCGUAGCGAUAAAGAUUCCAACAGACUGUCGCGUGUUUUGGGGUCAGUUAAAGGCCGUUCUACCGGAAGCCUCAGCUCGUCGUCCCGGAGUGAACUGGAUAAGACAGAGCCUGCGUGGAAGUUGAAGAUCACAGACCGACUGAAGGUACGUCUUCGAAUGUCUGUAGACGACAUGUUUGGCGUGGGCAGCCAGAGGAGUCGGUCCCCGGAGGGCCGCAGUAAGAAGAAGAACAUCAGACGCAGACACACGAUGGGCGGCCAGAGAGAUUUUGCAGAGCUGUCUGUUUUGGGGGACUGGCCGCAGUCGGUUGCCAUCGGUUCAGGCUCCCGGUCGGAGCUGUCAGCUGUAGACCGGCUGAAACCGAAGUGCAGCUCUCAGGACUUCUCUAUUGGGGACUGGAUCGCCCGCGAGCGCCACCGUACCAGCAAUCCUGAGGUCAGCCUGGACUUCUCUGAACAGCAGGGAGGGCUGUGCGGCGCAAACUCCCAAAACCUCGGAGCCUCGUCCUCUUCUGAACUCCCACAUCGUCCCGGUGAGGCGUUGAACGGGGACGUCCCCCAGAGUAAAAAUCUGAGCCUUUCGGCCACCGCUCACCCACAUAAACUCACCAGCUCCCAGGUGGUCCAUUCGCGGUUUUAUCAGUACCUGUGAGAGGUGUUGGACGUGCGUGGCUGUGUCUGUUCUCCAUCUGUGAGAUGUGUACGUACUUGGGAGUCUGUCAGUAUCGUGUCUGUUGUGUGACAAAUGUUAGUGAAUGAGCAUGUUGUACAAAAAGUGUCUAGAGUGUGUGUCUGUAACUGGUGUGUGUGCGUGUGUGCGCUUGUGAAAAGAGAAAAACUGCACACAGGGAUUGUUGAUCUUGCUCAUGUAUAAGGCAUGGAACAAAAUGUUGUUUAUAUCUUUUUAAUUUUUUUUUUCUGUUUGUUUUUUUUUUUAAUGACAAAUGACUUUGGGAUGCUCAGCAGGAGGACUUCCUCCCUCCUCGUACAAAUCCCUGUUAUGCUGAAGAUCGAAAGGACCUGUUGCUCGCGACACAAUGAGCCCGUGAAGUACGUUCAAGGAAGUGGGAAUACUUGAGUUAAGAUUGUUUAAAGGUUUAGCUAAGUAGCUUUAAGGAUGAACUGACUUAGAAUGGAUAGGAAGUAGUAAAAAACAAAGUACAGAUUUUUAGUAUUGCAGAGGAACUAUUUUUGUGUAAAGAAAGUUACGAUGUUCAAAGUCAGUGAGUCUGUCGGUAACCAAAUGAAGAAUGUACAGACAUGCUUGCUGUAAUACUGACUAAAAGCUUUAGAUGCUUGUGUUUCAUUCUAAAGUGUACAUAUCCCUAUUUUUCUGUGUACUUGAAUCGUGUUUUUUGGUACAGCCUGUGUGUGACUGCCUACAAAGCUCUCUGCUGUCAAAGGGCCUUCCCAAAGGUACAAAGGAGACGAGGAGACACUGGACUUAUGCAAACGGUAAUAUAGUUCCUAUUCAUCCCUGCUAUGUGGUUUAAAGAGCAGCGAACAACAUCCCUCUGAUGCAAACGUUUCGCUGCGUUUCGGUGUUUGUGGUUCACACGUCUGUCAGAGACUGGCAGCAGACUGCGUAGACAAGAAAGUUGGAAGAAGAAAAAUGGGUAAUUCAAUCAGAAAAAUCAUGUUUCUUCAUAAAAGAAAGUGCCUCACAAUGAAAUGUUAUGGGUGCCAUAUUGUCUUUGUUGAGACACACGAAGAUGUUACUGUGAAUGACAUUUUUAUUGCUGACUCUCAGUCAUUCUACAGGUUCUGAAAAUGCCGAGCUUCCAUUCCUUAGGCAUUCCACUCUGGUCUUAAAUAUGUUUUUUACAUUUUUUUUUUUUCUCUUCUGUUUUCAUUUUUUUUGAUUUUAACAGAACUUGAAUUUUAAAUAUUCGUUGUAAAAUAAGUAACUUAAAUGUACAUAUAAAUGCCAUGUUUUAGCUGCUUUACUUUUCAUUUCCAUCAGAUUGCAGGAUUGAGUACAGUAUUGUGAGACGAGACGCUCAUGAGGCCUGUGUGGGUGUUGUGGGCAGUUUGGUACUUCUCUGGGGAGAGAGAGGUUCCCUGCAGGACGAGGACACGUCAUUGAGCUGGAUGAUUUGUAUCGGUGCGGUGUUCCUCUGAUUGCGAGGGGUGUGCACAGACUCCUGAAACACUGGAAAUAAAUUUUGUCAAUGGCAAA